AUGGGUGACGUCCCCGAAAGGGAUCCCAACCGUGUGUACUACAACUCGGGAGGGUUCCAGCGGUCUCGUCCCAUUUUGACGGGGCCGGAUGCAAAAGAGACAUUUGAGGAGAUCCCUAUCAUUGACUUCUCAGAGGUGCUAUCUUCCACACCCAACGUCCGUCAAAGGCUCGCCGAGCAGGUCGGCCAUGCGGCUCGAAACGUGGGCUUCUUCUAUGUCGAGAAUGCACCUGUGUCUCACGCCAAGAUCGAUCGUGCUUUUGAGCUGCUAGAAUCGUUCUUUACUCAACCCGAAGAGAUCAAGAAGCAGAUAGACUGCAACAAGAGCAACGAGGCCAAAGGGUGGCAGCCGCAACAGACGGUCGGUCCGAACGGGGUGCUCCGUGAAUCGUACUCGAUGGGCAAUGACUAUACGGAGCCUGAACAGCACCACAUCAGCAUCGCGCCACAUGGAAGCGUGUCACUGAAUCAAUGGCCUUCCGAACACACUGUACCUGGAUUUCGCAAAGCCAUGUAUGAUUAUUACCUGGAAAUCUAUCCUUUCGCGAAGACGCUGAUUCAAAUCUUUGCUCUGGCAUUGGGCCUCGAUGAAACCGCGUUGGAUCAAUACUUUCAGAAACCUUUGGCGGACAUCACGGCGCAGUAUUACCCUGCCCAGGCGCCUGACUCGAAGCCGGUGGAACUGCUCUUCCCCCAUGCUGACUUUGGCGUCAUUACUCUCCUGCUGCAAAAUGAGGUCCCGGGGUUGGAAGUCCUAAACGCAAACGGCAUCUGGAUUCCCGCCCCGCCAAUGCCAUACGCUUUUGUCGUCAACACUGGGAACUACGUUGAAGCGUGGACAAACGGGCGCUGGCCUGCUACCGUGCACAGAGUGUUUGGCAAAAUCGAUAGGCCAAGAUUCUCGCUCCCUUUCUUUGUGUCACCCUCGCCGGACGUCGUGGUGAAACCACUGCAAGAGCUCUUCGAACACGGCGAGAAGCCCAAGUACGAAGAGCGCAAUGUUGGCCAGAGGCAGGUCAAGGGCCAGAUCGGGUCCAGGCAAGACCACCCAAUGACGAAGAUGUUGAGGAAACUCGUGCCAAAGGAAGAAGAUUGGAGGUGGGAGAUGUUAUCCCAACCACACCUGCUGCCCCUGUAA